AUGGCUGCCCUGCUCCAUGUCUGUGCUCUGCUGCUGUUGGCCUGCCCCAUGGCUCAGGGCUCAGAGAACUGCUCAGCCUCUGGCGACCCCUGUCAGGAGGGUGUGGUCCUGCCCGUGUGGAACCCUCUGGAUCCUUCUGUCGGGGACAAAGUAGCUCGAGCCAUAGUUUACUUUGUGGCUCUGAUUUACAUGUUCCUCGGGAUGAGCAUCAUCGCAGACCGCUUCAUGUCCUCUAUAGAGGUGAUCACGUCUCAGGAGAAGGAGGUCACGAUAAAGAAACCAAACGGAGAAACCAGCACCGCCACCGUCAGGAUCUGGAACGAGACCGUCUCAAACUUGACCCUGAUGGCCCUGGGCUCCAGCGCACCUGAGAUACUGCUGUCUGUCAUCGAGGUGUGUGGGCAUAACUUCGAGGCGGGCUCUCUGGGGCCCAGCACCAUCGUGGGCAGCGCCGCCUUCAACAUGUUUGUGAUCAUCGCGCUGUGUGUGUACGUGGUCCCAGACGGCGAGACCCGCAAGAUCAAACACCUUCGCGUCUUCUUCGUCACCGCCGCCUGGAGCAUCUUCGCCUACAUCUGGCUCUACCUCAUCCUCAGCGUCUUCUCACCGGGAGAGGUGGAGGUGUGGGAGGCGGUCCUGACUUUCCUCUGGUUCCCGCUCUGUGUGGUCCAGGCCUGGGUAGCCGAUCGCCGCCUCCUCAUCUAUAAAUACAUGCGUAAGCGUUACCGUGUCGACAAGCACCGCGGCAUCAUCAUUGAGUCUGAGGGCGGAGACAUUCUGAGCUCUGGGGGCGGAGCUCUGGGCGGAUUCACCAAAACCGACCUUCUGGAGCUGGACGGUCACACUGCACUCAACUGCCACGGUACCGAUGGUCUCAUGGAGGAGGGCGGGGCCAAAGACGAGGAAGACGAGGCCCGACGAGACAUGGCCCGAAACCUGAAGGACCUGAAGCAGAGGCACCCGGACAAGGACAUGGAGCAGCUGAUCGAGAUGGCCAACUACCAGGUCCUGAUGCAGCAGCAGAAGAGUCGUGCUUUCUACAGGAUCCAGGCGACUCGUAUGAUGAUCGGAGCCGGGAACAUCCUGAAGAAACACGCAGCGGACCAGGCCCGCAAGGUGGUGAGCAGUCAGGAGACUCAGUUGGAGCAGGACGAGCCUCACGUUGUGCGUCUGGACUUUGAUCCCAGUUUGUACCAAUGUUUUGAGAAUUGUGGUUCUCUCAAACUGACGGUGACCAGGAGUGGAGGAGACCCAGGCGUCAGUGUGAAGGUCGAUUACCGCACUGAGGACGGCACAGCGAACGCUGGCUCAGAUUACGAGUUCGCUGAGGGGACACUGCUGUUCAAACCAGAGGAGACCGUCAAAGAGAUUACAGUGGGGGUAAUCGAUGACGACAUCUUUGAAGAAGACGAGUAUUUCUACGUGCACCUGAGUAACCCUCGUGUGAUUGGCUACCCUGAGAUAGGCUCCGCCCCCCUGGAUCCUGGAGCCACGCCCACCGCCAUUUUAGGAAUGAACCCCACGGCAACAGUGACCAUCUACGACGAUGACCACGCAGGUAUCUUCACGUUCGAGGGCCCCUCCCAGCGUGUCAGUGAGAGUGUGGGGGUGAUGCAGGUGAAGGUGCUGAGGACCUCAGGGGCCCGGGGCCUCGUUGCGGUCCCCUACAGGACUCUGGACGGGACUGCGAAAGGAGGAGAGGACUACGAGCUCGCAGUUGGGAAGCUGGAGUUCCACAACGAUGAGACCAUGAAGGUGAUCGAGGUGAAGAUCAUUGACGAUGAGGAGUAUGAGAAGAACAAGACGUUCACCAUCGAACUGGGAGAACCAGUGCUGCUGGAGAUCGGACAGAAACAUGGAGAUUCCAACGAGAACAAGCCCCCGGUGGGCGCAGAGGAGGAGGAGGUGGCAAAGAUGGGCUGCCCCAGUCUGGGGGAGCACAGCGCCAUGGAGGUGGUCAUUGAGGAGUCCUACGAGUUCAAGAGAGCUGUAGAUGAGCUGGUGCGGCGUUCCAAACAGAACACUGUGGAUAAACUUAUAAAGAAAACAAACCUGGCACUGGUCGUUGGCAGCAGCAGCUGGAGGGAGCAGUUUGUGAGUGCGGUGACGGUGAGCGCAGGAGACGACGAUGAGGAGGAGAGUGGGGAGGAGCGCCUGCCCUCUUGUUUCGAUUACAUCAUGCACUUCCUGACCGUGUUCUGGAAGGUUCUGUUCGCCUUCGUCCCGCCCACUGAGUACUGGAAUGGCUGGGCCUGCUUCCUGGUCUCCAUCUCCCUCAUCGGGGCCCUCACUGCAGUCACAGGGGACCUGGCCUCGCACUUUGGCUGCACCGUGGGCCUCAAGGACUCGGUCACCGCCGUGGUCUUCGUUGCCCUGGGGACAUCGGUACCAGAUACCUUUGCCAGUAAAGUGGCAGCGAUCCAGGACCAGUAUGCAGACGCCUCUAUCGGGAACGUGACUGGAUCGAACGCCGUGAACGUGUUCCUGGGGAUCGGCGUGGCAUGGACCAUCGCCGCCGUGGCGUGGCGUUCCCGAGGGCAGCCGUUCCGUGUGGACCCUGGGAACCUGGCGUUCUCUGUGACGCUGUUCACCGUGAUGGCGUGCGUGUGCGUGUGCAUGCUGCUGUACCGUCGCCGUGCCUCGGUGGCGGGCGGCGAGCUGGGCGGCCCGCGGACGUGUAAGGUCGUCACGGCAAUCGUGUUCGCGUCACUCUGGCUCAUCUACAUCCUGCUGGCCAGUCUGGAGGCCUACUGCCACCUCCCCUUUUAG